AUGGCAAGGAGAAAGAAUUUUAAGAAGGGGGGGAAGAAGACGUUUGGCGCUCGUGACGAUACGAGGGCGCAGAAGGGAUGGACGGAACUCGUUAGAGAGAACGAGAAGUGGGAGAUCUACUACCAGAAAUUGGCUUUGUUCCCGUUGGAACAAUGGGAUAGCUUCAAGAAGACGUGUCAGGAACCCCUGCCCCUGACUUUCAGGAUCACUGGGUCCAGGAAACACGCCAACGAAGUACUCGAGUUGUUCAAGGAGAGACACCUGCCCAAUUUGACAAACGUUACAUUCGAAGGUGAGAAGUUGAAGGAACCCUUGGAAUUGCAUUGGUACCCUAACAAACUUGCGUGGCAACUGGAUGUCCCCAAGACAGUCAUCCGUAAGAAUGAGCAGUUCGCCAAGACGCAGAGAUUCCUCGUUAUUGAGAACGCAGUGGGGAACAUCUCUAGACAGGAGGCAGUGUCCAUGAUCCCACCCAUUGUGCUCGAAGUCGAACCACAGCACACAGUGUUGGACAUGUGUGCCGCGCCAGGGUCCAAGACUGCACAGUUACUGGAGGCCCUCCACAGAGACACCGAUGAACCCACCGGGUUUGUUGUUGCCAACGACGCGGAUAACAGAAGAUCGCACAUGUUGGUGCACCAAUUGAAAAGGUUGAACAGUGCCAAUUUGAUCGUAGUUAACCACGAUGCACAAUUCUUCCCGCGAAUCAAAACCUCGAAAAACUCGGAGAAGAAGAGUGACCUGCUUAAAUUCGACAGGAUCCUGUGUGACGUCCCCUGUUCCGGAGACGGGACAAUGAGGAAGAACGUCAAUGUGUGGAGGGACUGGAACACGCAGAACGCACUUGGGUUGCACCAGGUUCAAGCGAACAUCCUGAACAGAGGUUUGCAUCUGCUGAAGAAGGGCGGGAGACUGGUCUACUCGACUUGUUCGAUGAACCCAAUCGAAAACGAGGCAGUCGUCGCACAGGCAUUGAGGAAAUGGGGGGAUAAAGUUCGCCUAGUUAACUGUGACGAUAAGCUACCAGGUUUGGUGAGAAAUAAGGGGAUCUCCAAGUGGCCCACACUCAACAGGAACAUGGAGGAGAUGGAAAAGGGCCAAGAGGGCGCCAACGACAGUUGGUUCCAACCCACAGAGGAGGAGGCCGAAAAGUUCCAAUUGGAAAACUGUAUCAGGGUUUAUCCUCAUCAACAGAAUACAGGUGGGUUUUUCAUCACCGUGUUCGAGAAGGUGGACGAGGAGGAAACAGCAAGUAACAAAAGAUUGGCCUCUGAGACACCAACUGAGGAAUUGGCUGCCAAAAAGACAAAGGCUGAAGAAGCUGGCGCCGUUCAACCGCGCAAGAAAGAGAGACUCCCACGUGACGCCAACGAGGAGCCAUUCGUGUUUGUCGAUCCAAAACAUCAGGCCAUCGAGUCCUGUUGGAAUUUCUACGGCAUCGAUGACAAGUUUGACCGCGAAACGUGUCUGGUGCGUAACGCCACUGGUGAACCAACAAGGGUCAUAUACACAGUGUCCACCGCUUUGAAGGAUAUUAUACAGGCAAAUGAUGACAGAUUGAAGAUCAUCUACUCGGGGGUCAGACUGUUCGUAUCUCAAAGAAGCGACAUAGAGUGCUCUUGGAGAAUCCAGAGCGAAUCGUUGCCAGUGAUGAAACAUCAUAUGAACGGGAAAAGAAUAGUCAAGGCCAAAUUGCCCAUGUUGAAGCUUCUACUCAAUGAAUCGUUCCCCAAGUUCGAAGACAUGGAGGAACAACACAUUGACGACAAGUUCAUCGCCGACUUGCAGGAACUGACCUCCGGCUGUGCGUUCAUCGAAUUUGACAGAGAGGACGAAAACAAAGAAAACUUGUUCUUGCCCGUCUGGAAGGGUACCAAGUGUAUCAAUUUGAUGGUCUGUAAAGAAGAUACCCAUGAAUUGUUGUACAGAAUCUUUGGCAUUGAAACAACCGCGAACCAUAAUCCUAAGGCAGAAGCGCAAGCCAAAAAGGCCGAGUUGGAGAAGAAGGAGGAAGAAACAAAUUCCUCAGCGGAACCUAAACAGGAUUGA